AUGAUACCCCGGCUUGGCAGGGAUUGAUUGGAAGGAAGCUCUCAAUACAACGGAACUAGUAUCCAGACAGUGGGAUGAAGCCAAUCCCGACUUGGGAAACAAAUCUUGACGCUGAAAGAAACAAAAGUGUCCAGUCGAAAACUAUGAAAACAGAGAAAGGGGGGACGGACACCAACUUUCUUAUCGUUUGGUGGAAGGGACAAUUGGGGGUCAGAAGGGAACCAAGGGAUCAUUGGAUUGAGAUUGAGAUUUGGAAAAAUAGAUUAUAUUACUAUCUGAUCUUAUAGAAGCAUGCAUGCACCUAACUUUGGAGGAAGCAGUGUACUGAUAACUCCGUAUGUUUUGGUUUCGGCUGUUCCGGCUUGGAAUAUCUUUCUUCCAUCCUGGCCUUGAUUAUAAGUCCAACCGCUCCUCUCCUGCCCUCACCUCACCUCACCUCACCUCACCUUUCCUUGCCUUGCCUUGCCUUGCCUUGUUUCGAUCUAACCCUCGCUCAUUGAUCAGGAUGUCCUCCCCUAAUCUAACGUCGUCCGAAUUAAUAGCGCUAUGCGAUACCACAAGGAGGAGUUUUUCUGAUAAUUUUAUCCCUUUCACUAACCUACAAUUGGAAAAAGUCCAGAAAAGUUCGACCUUGGUGAGAUCAAACCGGCAUUCAAUAGGCAAGAAUGCACCCAAGCUGCGUGCACACACUGUCCUGAGUGAAUUAUGGACUCAUUGUCCAGAGGGCUUCAUUCUCUGUGCAUUAUCAACAUACCAAUCGCGGCUUGGCACGUUGAAAUCGACCGAUUUUCUUCGCGAUAUGAUGGAAUGGUGGCAAGGGGUGGAGCACCCGGGAGGAUUGUCAGCGGUAUUGGUACACUAUGCGAACAUCCUACCAGGGAAUAAUCAAGGUAUGUAGCUCCGUUUGGGAUUUCAUAUUCUAAAUUAAAUCUAAGAUGGCCCCAAAGGAGUCCUGUCAUACCGUGCCCCCUUGAAGGAAGAAGACCUGAUCAAUUUCCUUGGGAAUUAUGAGGGGAAACACCGGUCGUUAACCAUCAACGUACCUGACGACUAUGGCAAGAU